AUGCCUCAAUCCUCGUUUGAUAGGAUUGCUAAUCUCAUUAAUGAAGCAUCUUUAACACUUUCAACUAGUGUUAAAGAGGUUGUUAAAUUUCAACAUGAUCCCAAUUCGGAAGUUAAAAAAGCUGUAAUAGGCUUCAUCGAAGAAGCUUGUCGUGUUGAUACAGGUCUGCUGAAAAGAGCAGUAGGCUCAUUAUUCUAUAUCUUUUCUACAGCAAUACAACAAGAACCACCAUCUAUCAGUUUAUUAAAGCGUCUUAUGUCAUCAAUGAUCCCGAUCUAUCGUACUGCAUUAUCAUGUGCUGUUAAAAUUGGUAUCAUUGAUUCUGGUGUAGCAAUUGGCAGUGGAAUUGGAAUCACUGCCAAUUCAACAGCUGAUAUCGCCUUGGAAACAUUUCGUAGUUUAGCUGGACUUAAAGAUGAACUUGUCCGAUUAAUGUUACCAAUGGAAGUAUCAGGAACAUCAAUUUUUGGUCAAUAUCAUUCUUCACUCGUGCAUAAUGAUGUUAUACGAAUUCAAGCAAUUAGACUAAUUGAAAGUGUAAUUAUUUUACACUCUCGUCGACUACCCAACUCUGAAAUCCCACGUGCCAAUGAAGGUGACAUAUCCUUAGAUCAGAUACCAGCGCUUACAAAUACCCAAUUACAGUCUAUCUUAGAGGCGAGUACAGCCGCAUCAUCAGCUACUCUUCUUCCCGGUGUCUGUUUAGUUAGACCUCAUCGAUUAGCAGAGGAAGCUGAACGUUUAUUUGCAGGAUUAUCAAGUUGGCCGGUGCGUGGAAAGCCUAGUGUUACUGCAGGAUCAGUUACUUGCCCAGUAGUUGAAGCAGUAAUGGAUUCAUUAGUGAAUAUUGCAAAACAAAGACCACAAUUUAUGGAUCGUGUUGUACAAGCAUUUGAAACAGUUCAUGUGGACCUGAAACUAAAAUUAUACGCUGCUGCGAUACAGAAUGCACACAUCUUGGCAGGUGAAAUGGAUUUAGCUAACUUUCAGCUGGCAUUCAAAAUGACAUGCGAGUUGCAACAACGUGUUAUUGAUUUAAUGCGCGAACAAGAAAGACAUCUUAAAAAUUUGGAAGCCUUUAUGAAUAUAAAGAAAGAAGAAAAUAUUGAAAAUGGGGAGGCAAUAAAUGACAAUCAGCAUUUGUGUGAACUGUCAAACCAUGUAGUCAAUAAUACAGUAUCUAAUAACAGUCAAACGAGUAGUAUAUGUGAAACGCUUACACCAAGUACUUCCACCUCAGAGGAAGCAUGGAAACCAUUAAAUCAGAAACACAAAUUGAGAUCUAUAGAAUCCCUUUGUGAAGUUAUGCUUCUUGAUGGUAUUCCUACACCUUUCACCAAUGAGAACAGGGAUUGUGUUGCCUGUAAACUAAGAAAUCACGUGCAAACUGAAACGGUAAUUAGGAUGGUUUGUGCAGCGUGCCCAGAAUUUCCUCGGCUUUGUUCAGCACAAUGUUUUCGAUGGUGGCACAAUGUUCAUUUACCGGCACUCCGUAAUAAACCAAGAACAAUAAUCGAAUCCGAACAAACCGGUACAACGAUAAAGAAAUCAAAUAACCAAGUGAUGGUUUCAGAAUUCCAGGUACUUGACCAAUCAAGUGAAUUAAAAGCGCCUGAGAAAUCAGUCCCUCAACCUUGUACAGCAUCCGUACGUCGGCUUGUCGGAAAAAGAAAACGACGUAAAAGAUUCCUAUAUUCUAAUGCAAAAAGGAAAGUUAUACCAGUCUGGCCUAAAAAAAAUAUUGAAAAUGGGGAGGCAAUAAAUGACAAUCAGCAUUUGUGUGAACUGUCAAACCAUGUAGUCAAUAAUACAGUAUCUAAUAACAGUCAAACGAGUAGUAUAUGUGAAACGCUUACACCAAGUACUUCCACCUCAGAGGAAGCAUGGAAACCAUUAAAUCAGAAACACAAAUUGAGAUCUAUAGAAUCCCUUUGUGAAGUUAUGCUUCUUGAUGGUAUUCCUACACCUUUCACCAAUGAGAACACGGAUUGUGUUGCCUGUAAACUAAGAAAUCACGUGCAAACUGAAACGGUAAUUAGGAUGGUUUGUGCAGCGUGCCCAGAAUUUCCUCGGCUUUGUUCAGCACAAUGUUUUCGAUGGUGGCACAAUGUUCAUUUACCGGCACUCCGUAAUAAACCAAGAACAAUAAUCGAAUCCGAACAAACCGGUACAACGAUAAAGAAAUCAAAUAACCAAGUGAUGGUUUCAGAAUUCCAGGUACUUGACCAAUCAAGUGAAUUAAAAGCGCCUGAGAAAUCAGUCCCUCAACCUUGUACAGCAUCCGUACGUCGGCUUGUCGGAAAAAGAAAACGACGUAAAAGAUUCCUAUAUUCUAAUGCAAAAAGGAAAGUUAUACCAGUCUGGCCUAAAAGUAAAUCCCGUCGUCCACCGAAAAAAACGCUAUGCUAA